CGUCAGGAGCGGAGCGCAGCGAGAGGAGCUGAAAUAGGGCAGAGCAGGAGCGGAGCUCGGAGAGGGUACCAGCCACCAGGAGCCAGAGGAUGCUGAGCUGCUGCUGCUGCUAAGAGUUGGGGACGUCGCUUCUGUUCCUGCCAAGAAUUACCCUGCGCCCUUCUAGGGAGUGGAGAGGUGGAACCACAGAGUUGCUGCGCGGACGUCUGUGACAUAUUUGCACGAAUUCCCAUCUUCCUGUUCUCUUGUCUCAGGAGAUCACAGGUAAGCAUGGGCAGCCUGGGUGUUUGGGCUGUGGCUGCUCUGCUGGGAACAUCGGGUUGUUGGCUGGCUGAAGGGCACAGGAGCAGCAGACAAAACGGUGUGGACACAGCCCCCAAGUUACACACCUCCUACCUGGAGCCGCAAUCUCUGGAGAAGGAGAAAGCAGACGGGAGCAUCGAUCAAUCCCGCUCUGAUCCAGACGAAGACCCGUGCGGCAGGACCUAUUGCGGCCGGGGCCGACAGUGUGUGCUGAUGGCAGGAACGGGACGAGCAGAGUGUGUUUGCCAGGAAAAGUGUCGGCCUUCCUUUGUGCCUGUGUGCGGCUCAGAUGGCAGGUUUUAUGAGAACCACUGUGAGGUUUAUCGCACCGCCUGCCUGGAAAGGAGACGGAUCUAUGUGGUACACAGCAAGGACUGCUUUUUCAAAGGCAGUGCAUGCACCAUGUCGGAGUACAACAAACUGAAGAGCAUGCUGCUGGACAUGCAACCAACAGUGCUGAAGUCUGGAGAGCAGAGCCAGCAAAGGGACAUGGAAGAGAAGCGAGCACUGGUGGACACAAUGUUUAAAUAUCUUGAUGUGAACCAGGACGGCCGACUGAUCAGCGAUGAGUUGGAAAAGGUCUCAAUGAAGGAGCACCUGGAAGACAAUCUCCUGGAGUGCACCAUGCAUGAUCUGCUCCGUUACGAUGACUACAACAAUGAUGGACAUCUCAGCUUACAUGAGUUCUACACAGCUUUUCAAGUCAUCCAGCUGAGCCUUGCAGAGGAUCAGCGAAUCAGCCUCUCGGUAGUAACAGUGGGCCUCAGUGCGGUCCUCACCUGUGCCAUCCAGGGGACACUGCGUCCACCAAUCAUCUGGAAGAGGAAUGGCAUUAUAUUAAACUUCCUGGACCUGGAGGACAUAAAUGACUUUGGGGAUGAUGGCUCCUUGUACAUCACCAAGGUGACAACGAUACACAUGGGGAACUACAGCUGCCAUGCCUACGGCUAUGAAGACCUCUAUCAAACACAUGUGCUGCAGGUGAAUGUCCCUCCGGUGAUCCUGGUUUACCCGGAAACGCAGGCCCAGGAGCCGGGUGUAUCUGCCAGUCUCCACUGCUAUGCCGACAGCAUUCCGAAUCCAAAACUCCUCUGGCUGAAGAAUGGCAUGGACCUGCAGCUAAGCUCCUCCACCCAGCUUUCUCUCAUAGCGAAUGGUAGCGAGCUCUUCAUAUCAAGUGUCCGGUAUGAGGACACUGGGGCUUACACCUGUAUCGCCAAGAAUGAUGUGGGAGUGGACGAAGACAUCUCCUCUCUCUUCGUCGAAGAUUCAGCUAAAAAGACCCUUGCAAACAUCCUUUGGAGAGAAGAGGGGCUGAGUGUGGGGAACAUGUUCUAUGUGUUUUCUGAUGAGGGCAUCACUGUUCUUCAGCCCAACGAAUGUGAAAUACGGAGACACAUGAAGCGGACAGAAAGGAUUGUUGCUACUUAUGAGGAGAUGUGCCCUAAAGGUGAGGGGAUUUCACCUCAGCGCUGCGUGUGGUCCUCAGCCGUCAACGUCAGAGACAAGUACAUCUACGUGACGCAGCCCCUACAGAGCCGGCUGCUGGUUGUCGAUAUUCAAGCCCAGAAGGUGGUUCAGGCUGUUGCAACAGAUCCAUUCCCGGUGAAGAUGCUGUAUGAUAAAUCUCAUGACCAGGUGUGGAUUUUAACAUGGGGGGAUAUGGACAAAGGUCACCCCACCCUUCAGGUAAUUCCACAAGCCAGUGUGGGUGAAGUUCAUCAUGCCAUACGCACCACUUUCCAAAGGGUGAACGACUUCUUCAUCCCUUCAACGAACCUUAUUAUAACUCAUGUGAGGUUUGCAUUUGUCUUCCUAAAAAAUGAACCUGCAGUUCACAAGAUCGAUCUGGAGACUUUCCACCGUGUCAAGACCAUCAGCCUGAAGAACUACAGCUGCAUACCAGCCAGCAUGGCCUACACACAUCUGAGUGGCUUCUACUUUGUCCAGUGCCAGCACAAGAGCCUUCUGCAUGCUCCAGCCCAGAUCCUCAUCGACAGCGUGACAGAUGCCGUGAUCGGCCUCAACCUGAAUGUCACAGGGCAGGCGUACGUGUCACCAGACGGUCGCUACGUUGUGACACCUGACCCAGAGGGCUCAAAAAUGAUAGUACAGACAGUGUCCUUCCAGGGUGAGCUGAGUCUCAAUCGGGUAAUCGACGAGCCUAUAAGUGUGUCUGAUCUGGUUUUCCAGCCGUCCUUCACAGAGUCCAACCAACACGUGGUUGUGGCCACCUCGGGGUCAGGUACAGACUUGCUGUUUGCCGAUCUGUCAUCAGGUCAUGUCGAGGUUCUACGAAGCCUAAAAGAGCCCCUGCCCCCCCGGGCCUGGCCAUGGGGAGGACCAAACAGAGUGGUGGUCUCCAGCGGAUUGUUCGGACAGUACUUGAUAACACCAUCAGUCGAGUCCCUCUUCGUCUUGAACGGCAAACACAGAACAUCACACUGUGAGGUGUCAGACAUAAAGAGAGCAAACACAGUUGUCUGGGUCGGUGAGGUAUGAGUAAAUAAAAAAUAAACUGGAAAAAUAAAGAGACUUAGAAUUAGUGAAAGAUACAAACAAGAAAAGGAAGAAGAGAGAUCAGGCCAAAUUACCUAUUACUAAGAUUUAUGUGGACCCAGCCCUGGGACUGAACGAGAAGGAAACAUGCCUGAGUUUGUUGUGACAAAAGUACACCUAAAAAUAGUCAAUGAGAAAUACGUUAAGAAAAUCUGUUGUGAUUUUCCUAUUGGGAGAAAGUGUCAAUGCCGUUCAGUGCAACAGUGAUCUACGUGCACUUAACUAUACAGAAUUGUACAAUAUUGCACUUCCUUCCAUGUUAUCACAGCAAAUAGGUACCUGAAGAGGUGUAACUAAACUAUGAACUAUGCACAAUGCUCACUUUUUUUAGAGUAAAAAGCUUUCCAGUUUUGUUUUUUCUCAACAGAUGUCUGUCGUUUUCACCAGUGCUGCAUAUAAUCACCACAAACUGUCUGUCUUGUCUGCCUUUAGUGUGUAGUGUUCUGAUACCUUUUAAAUGCUAACAGCAGCAUCUGUUAAUUCGCCUUCGUCAUGGUGUUGUGCUGUACUCUCUCGCUCUCUGAAAGCUUUCAUUCUCAUGUUGGCAGAGGUUGGCUUUAUGCACUUGUGUAAUUCCCUCUAUUUACUUUGUGUAUCCAAAGAGCCCAAUCGGUCCAUUAGUCAUCAACAGUGGAUGUUUCAGUUGCAGAGGAAGCAAAACAUUGCAUCCUCUGGUCUUUCGCAAUUGUAUAAUCUCUCCUCCUGCACCACAGUUUUGUGCUGUGAAGCCUAAAAAUGCCACUUAGCAGUUUCCCUCGGGGUAAUGACUUCGGAUUGCGCCGCCCCAUAUGCUGAGAUCAAACUAAAGCAGCAUCAGUUACGCUAUCUGAUGGGCUGUGAGCAUUUGUGCAUCAACAUCAAACUCCGUAUUGGUGACUAACAUUUCUGAGAUCGACAGAUUUUUUUGUCAUCAACCCAAACUAUGAUGGUUUUAACAUCAAAGAUACAUUCAGCAAUAAAUGUCAGUCAACUUAAAUACAAAGCAAAUGUGUGGGUCGAUCAAAUUUUGUAUGCUCAAAAAACCUCAAGGCAGUAACUAAACACCAGCAACUCUUCAUCUAGUAGAAUAGCACAUUUUGAACUGCAUCAUCCUUGAUGUAAUAGUGUUUUUCCACUUGCACUAAUCCUCACAACGAUGAGCCAUUAGCAGUGAAACAGCACAGCAGCUUUUCUGCAGUUGUAAUAAUCACUGGAACAAUAAUGUCUCUAAGCAUUUUUGCCUCCUGGCCUACUCGUCAAUAACUAAAUCUGGUCAUAAAAAAAUACAUUGAUCGGUUGACAUUUUAAAAUUUACUUUCGUUUAUAAACAUUUUAAUAUUUUUUCUAUAAAAAUAUCUAAGCAACGCAUUUGCAGUGGUCUCUAGAAUAAAUGAAUGUCUUGUGAGUCAACCUCUGUGGGAAUAAAGCUCUGGCGCUCCUGUUAUACAGACAUCUCACCUCUGAUUGGCUGAGAGCAACCCAACUCCAACACACACUCAAUUUGCUUUGCAACAUUGAUGUUUUAUGUCCACAAAUAGCACAAGCCUGCAGGAAAUAGGGGUAGAAUACUUUUUUCACGUGAACUUGGACUUCAAAUAGUGAUGCAUUCAACCAAUCCAAUGUAGAACCAUAUAUCUUUCAGUCAUCAGAAGUCCUAACUCUAACCUAGAACCCUUAUUUAUUGCAUUAUAAUUAGACUUUGUCCUUUCUAAGGGAAGUGGUACCAAAUAUAGUUUCAACUUGUUCAUUAACAGAUUUACAUUCUGAUUAAUUUAGAUUACCUGCUAAUUGGUUUUCAUCUUCACACAUUUCUAAGACGAUUUUAUCUCAGAGGAAGAAAAUGAAAACGGAACACAUCAGACCACAAAUACUCACAGCCUUUGAGAUUUAGCCAUUGCUGCCUUUUAUUUCUUUCUGGAGGGUGAAAAUGUUUAAAUCAUAUAAACUCCAUGAAGAUGUCAAAGCUUUAGCAUGUUUAGUUCAGAGUAUACUCUAUAUGCUAAUACGUGUUUCCUGUCCCAAAAAGAAUACUGAAUUGAAUAUUAUAAAUUAGCUCCUAAUACAUAGGUGUGUCUGUAGCUUCAUAAUGGGAUGCGGUGAGUAGGGUAGACACUGAUCUAGUUAAGGAGUGAAGCGGUUCAUGAUUAAGACAACAUGAAAAACAGUGAUUGAAGAAUUGUCUGAAAGUAUUGACACAAAAUCGCAUUGUUUCUUAGACCACUGUUGCACUGAGAGAAAUAUGUAUCAGAAUACAUCCAAGUUAUUUUUUAUGAAAAUGUGUUGAAAUUUGUUUUUUUUUUAAAGCUCUCUGCUUCUUGAAGUCACUAUCCAAUCCAAAGUUGCUCCCUUUUGGGCAGUGCUGACAUGCAUGUAAUAAAAUUGAUUUUCAGCAUAUUACCACUGACCUUGCAGUGACCACACGGUCACCAACAGUUGCUUGUGAAAGAAUCACUUUCCUGCCCUUCUAUUGUCACAUCUGUCAAUUCAACAGCAAGACACCGCUAUUGAGCCAAGGAGAGCAAAGAAACUACACUAAUGUUUGCUGAGGAGUCUGGCUAAGCUCCUGUUGUUUGUUUGGGCCACAUGACUCUUUCUGUACCUCUUUUACCCGGAAGUAAGGAGCUGCAGAGCUGUACCAAUUGAUGUGAUAGACCUUGGUAGAAACCACUGUUGUAGAUAACAUUGUUCAUGUUUAGAACACGUUCAGACAUGACAUAAAACUGACUGUACAGUUUUUGUUAUGCAUUUUGUGUGUUAUUGUUUAUGAGGGAAUUGUUUUGUAAGAAAAAAAUGGAAUAAAUAUAUUGUUAAAAUCA